UGAUCGUGAGUGAGAGUGGUAGUGUCGGUGCUAGCGGUGCGUCUUGCUCCAUUUAUGACUAGCCUAUACUUUCGAGGAUAUAAGUUGCUGCUCCGACUUCUGGUGUCGCAGUUCGACGUAUUGUAAGGUGGCGUGUGCGCAGGCGCGCCCGCCAUGGUUCCCGAGCCGCCCACGCUGCUGUCAUGAGGAUGUCUUGCAGUGGUUGGGUGUCGGGUGGGGCGGCGCCCCCCAUGGUACUGGCGCCGCCCGACUCCCUCGCCUACCGCCGCUACCUCCGGUUCCUCCCCAGCCAGGAGGAGUCUGGAGGGAAGUUCCUGGCGCUGGAGGGCGCGGAGGGCUUGGGCCCGCAGGGGCGGCUCCUCGACCUAAGGCGGCAGGGGGAAGCGGGGUACGGGCACGAGGGAGUGCAAUAUCAGAACCCUAAAAAUGGGAGCAGUGGGACGGCAGAGAUAGAAGGCGGGAAGCUCGGUGAUAAGGCAGCGGAUGUCAGUGUGAGCUUUCGGGUUCAGCAGUACACAGCUAUGCUUCGCGCCCGACACAGCGCGCAAUACAACACACCGCUCCAGACGUCCCGCUCCUGCUCCAGCAUUGUCUUUCGGAGUUCGCGUCGCAGCCUGUUCUCCCGGUCGGCCGAAGGGCACGAGGACAGCGGCAAGGACGGGGCCGACGAGUCCGGAUGCGAGAGCUCGCGCAACGGCUCCGUGGACUCGGGCGAAGGGGAGGUCGCCUUCUCCUCGAGGUACCGCUCCUUCUCCCUGCCAUGGCCCAGUGACCCGACGUGGCGCUGGUCGAGCGAUCCCAACAUAACCAGCAUGGCCGGCGUCCAGUCUUCCGCCUUCGGGCCCGUCGGCGGCCGUCGGGCCAGCGACCAGCACAGCGCCUCCCUCGUGCGCCUCGACUCCGCCACCAGCGACGAGGGCUGCCCCCGCGACGGCUCCACGGGCCCCACGCCGCCGCCCUCGCCCGUGUUCCGUCUGUCUGCGGCGAACCACCUCAUGGGACUCAUCACGCCCUUCAAGUCCCUCUCCCCCGCCUCCUCCAUGGGCUCGCACCUGGGCUCGGUGGAGGACCUGCCGCUCAUGCGCUCCAGGUCGCUGGGCCACGUCCCUGACCACUGGUCGCGCUCGCACUCGGCGGACAGCGCCGUCGAGGUGGAGGAGGAGUCGGUCAUUGUCUCGCCCGCCCUCUCGCCCGCCGUGCCUCCUGCUGGCGCGUCCGAGGCGUUGUCGGAUUACUUGGCGGGCGGCGAGCAGGUCAACGGCGGGCCGGAGGCGGGGGCGAGCGGCACCUGCGACGCCUGCAGCGACGAGAGGAAGCUCUCCGCGGCGGAGAGCGGUCAGUGCAGUGGCGGCAGGUGCCCCGCGGACGAGCCUUGCGUGCCCAAUGGUGAUAUAGUGUUUGGUGAGAGUGAUGGUGAAAGUCACGCUUUUUGUGAUUGUAAUGAAAAUUGUGAGAAAGACGUGAGCGUUGUGCGGGAGAGCGUCGACGAUUGCUUGAGAACAGUGGAGCUGCGGAAGAAGUUGAGUCAGAGUGGGAAUCGUCGCGAGCGCCGGCACGGGGGCGUGAACGGCGAGGUGCUGUUCCGUCACGCCCGCGCCUGCGGCGUCGUGCAGGGCCCCGAGGACCGGGAGGCGGCGGCCAAGAAGGUGCUGCGGACGCCGUCCGUGGUGAUCAGCGACCACAGCGGCGACACCAUCAGCCUCACCGUCGCCCUGGCCUCCAGCGACUUCUCCAUCGACCAGCUGGGGAAGAUGGAGAAGCUGCAGGAGUCGGCGAGCCCGACGCUGUCGGCGGGCGACGACGCCUCCCGGAAGGUGUCCAGCUGCUCCUCGUGCUCCAGCGUCAGCACCGUAGACAUGACCACGCCCCUCACCACCAUUAGCCUCGACAGCCUCAUCGAGGUGCCCAACCGACGCAUCUCCGACUGCUCCACGUGCAGCAACGUCACGGCCUCCGAGGACGAGGUGGAGCACGAGUUGUCAAGGCCUCCGCCCCCGAGAAAGGUAAGCCUCGAUCUCGUCUGCAGUUCUGUCUCCGUCUUGGGCCGCGGUGUCCUUGCGGCGCGUCCUCCGCGGUGCCCCGCGCCCUGGCACUCGGCCGAGCGAGGCGAAAGGGCGCCGCGAGUGGAAGGACUUUUUAUGGUCGCUUUACAAUGCUGCGUCUUUACCGAAGGGCAGAAUUGCGCAGCGGAGGCCCACAAUCUGCCCCAAGAGCUCUCCUUAUCAAGCAGUCAGUGUCGUCGCCGCGUGUCCUUCGGCAGGCACGACACAGAAAUGAUUCGCAAUCACGGUCCUCCAUCAAACACGAUUCUUUCUCCAAACACCAGCAGUGUCCUCCAUGCAACACGUGUCCUCCCACAACACAUAUCCUCUAUGCCAACACGUGUUAUAUCCCAAAACCACACUGUCUCCAAUGCCAACACGUGUCCUCCAACAAAACACAUAUCCUCUAGUCCAACACGUGUUCUUUCCCAACACCAGUACGUGUCCUCCAAUGUCAACACAUCCUUCAUCCAACACCAGUCACUUGUCUAUCUCCAACAAACACGUUCCUUCUCCAACACCAACACGUGUCCAUUCUCCAAACACCAUACGCUAUCAUCCAGUGCCAACACGUGUUUUUCUCCAACACCAACACGUGUCUUUCUCCAACACCAGCACGUGUCCUCCAAUGCCAACACGUGUCUUUCUCCAACACCAGCACGUGUCCUUCUCCAACACCAACACGUGUCCUCCAACACAUCACGAUACUACUAUGCCAAACACGUGUCCUUCUCCAACACCAACACGUGUCCUUUUCAACAAGGCAGUCGCGUUUAUGAAAACAAAUCGUCAAAUAUCUUCACAAACCCCAAAAAUGGGAACGUGCUGUUAAAACGAGCAAGUGAAACGCAACGCAACGUGAAAACAAGUAGAUGA